AUGUCUCAAAAGCAAAAAAUAAAGAAACAUCUUAGUGCUGAUGAAUUAAAAUCAAAACUCUAUGAACAUUUCGAAGAAAUUGGCUCAUUGGAACAAAUAAAGGCUCAAUUAAGAGGAGAAAUUUAUACAAAACUGCUGAAAAGAACUCCAAAUGAUUUUCCAGAAACUAAUCGAGAUUUGCAAAAUUUUGAUAAAAUGUUACUACCCUUGCAGGUUAGCAACUGGCUUGUGUUCGAUCAUCUAUUAAGACAAGAUCACCAAUAUACAUUAUCCACCUUUACGAGUGAAGCAAAGUUGUCAUCUCCUGAGAAACUGUUAACAGCUUGCGAUAUAUUAAGGCUUUUUGGACUUCAGAAUACUGACUCAGCUUACAGAAUUAUUAGCAGGAAAUAUGUUACAUUUGAUGAGAAAGGAGUUUUAAAUUCAUUGCUUCUUGCAGUAGUCAAAUCUAUAUUUGAAAUUCCAAAUAAAAGUUUUAGAUUAAAUGAGCUUUUGAAUGAAACAGAAGUGAAAAAUAUUGAGAGUAAAGAAAAUUCUGAUAAUAAAAACAGAAAUUGCCAAAUCAAUAACAGAACCAGGACUGAUGAUUCACCCCUUACUGAAAAAACAUCCUUUACAUUGCAUCAAUAUCCUGCUGAUAAUAAGCAUUCUGAAAGUACUUUUCAUGAACAGUUACAGUUAAUAAAAAAUGAGAAAGAAAAAGAAGUGCAGAAAUUGCGUGAAAAGUUGCUUGAAGAAUUGGAUAAACUACGUGCAAUGCAACUUGAAUUGGAACAUGAAAAGAAUGAUUUAAGACGGCAACGGACUUCUAUUUCUCAUGACAGAGAUAUGUUUCAGGAAAAGAAAAUGAUGCUAGAGAAAGAAUUUGAAAGUAAAUUUCAAAAAGAACUGAUGGAAAUAGAAGAUGAUUUUAAGUCCCAAUUGCAUCUGAAAGAAACAGAAAACGAUGGCUUACAAAUACUUAUAACUAUUUUGAUGGUUGGCCUUCCCGAUAUGAAGACUUCAAAGAAGUUAUUUGAGUUAGAAGUUGAUUUAAGAAGCUAUAAAGAAAGAUGCAGCGAUUUGGAAAAACAUUUAACUGAUCAGAGAGAAAUGUAUAAAGUAAUUCAAGAAAAAUAUUCUUCUCUUUUGGAAGAGAACAUAAAGCUUCAAAGAAAUUUUGAAGGCAUGUCUGAUUAUUCCAUCGUAAAAGACGAACUAAAUAUUAAACUAAAAGAAAAUAUUGAACUGCAAAAUAAAUUAAAAGAAGCUGUUAAAAAUUCAGAAAUUGAAAAGCAAAAAUCAAAUGCAAUAUUGAAAGAUUUAGAACAGAAACUAAAGACUAAAGAUCCUGAGUUGUUACAAGCACAGAAGGAACUUAACUUUACAAAGGAAACUCUUCACAAACAAGAAACAUUUUGGGAUAGGGAAAGAAAGAAACUCGAGCAAGAACUUCAAAAUUCAAAACAAAUGUACAACACCGUAUUUCUUAGACUUGAAGAACAAAGAGAAGAUAUCCAGGAUUUGCAUAAAACAAUUCACUUUCUGCAGUAUCAGAUAUCCAAUACUUUUUCUGUCAAUAAAACAAAAUAUGAAAUGCCUGAAAUGCAACACAAAUAUACAACAGUAGAAUCAACAAGAAAAGGAAUACAAGAUCUCAGAACUAAAAAUAUUAAAUCUUUGGGAGAUUUUGCCUCCAAAUACUGCGAAAAUUCUUUGAACUUCAUCUCUGAAGCAAAAGAUAGAAUUGAUAAAUUAGAAAAAGAGGCUGAAAUGGUGAAAGAUAAAUAUUCUUUCCUUUUUAGUAAUACCACACAUCAAACCGAUCUAAAAUACAUGGAUUUGAAUUCCACUGUGCCUAAAACUAGCUUUGGCAAUAUUAACAGUUUACCAACUAAUUCCUAUAUGAGCUCCACGAAUUUUCAUCUGCCUUCCAAUUAUUUUGAUAACCUAGUCAAAAAUGAAAUGUCCUUCUUAAAUUUGAAAACAGCAACUAAUAUCAAAAGAAUGGUUUCCAAUUCUCCAUUUUCUACUAGUCUAUUUUCAUACAGUCAACAAAACGAACAAAUUAAAAAUAGCAAUGACCAAUCUAACGAAAUAACUGUUGAUCAUUCGAAGGGACCAUUAAAAGGGUUGCAAAAAGAUCACGUAGUGCUGGACAAUUCUUUUAGUGAAAAAGAAGCAACUUCAAUAAAUGAUUAUGCAAAGGAAAGGGAAGACCCUAGUAGGCAUUUAUUCAAUUAUAGUACAAAGAUGAAAACAUUACAAAAUGAAGUAACAUCAGCAUCAUUAAAUUACAAUUUAACUAUGCCGUCUGGGUCAGAAACAAGUGAGCCACUAAAAAAAAAUGAAAAGUUUCCUCAGGAAAAAAAUGAGUCUGAGAAAAUAUCAAAAGGUUUGGGUGACAUGCAAGAAGAAGAGGAAAAAAUAAGUGCCUUAAUUCAUGAGAGUGUGACAGCAUCUGGAACACAAAAAUCACCAAUUUUGGACUGUAACGGCAAGGAGGAGGUCACUGUAGCAGCUGAAACAAGUAAAACUCCUCCUUUGCUGGCCAUUGAUCUUGAUGUAGCGUGGCAACAAAGCCAAACUUUACCAGAAAUACCGAAAAAACUAGAUACUGUAACAGUCCUUGAGAAGAAUACAAUUUCAAUGGAAACUAAGGAUGAUACCCCAGCUUUAAAUUUUGUAGUUGACCUUGAUGCUGCUUGGAAAAGAAGGAAAUCAUCAAUAGUUGAUUUACCAUUUCAAAAUUCUAGUCAUAAUUUUAAACCUCAAAAUAAGUUUUUGUCUACAGAAAGUAACAAGAGUGAAACCAUCCUUCCAAAAAUGUCUCAUCAGCAAGAUAGUCUUGGCGAGAAUUCUCAAAACUUGAAACAGGGCGUAAUUAACACUGAUACAAUUCAAGCUCCAUUAGAAAGGAAUGAACAGAAAAAAACAACUGCUUUUGAGCACAAUGUGUCCAAAGCCAGUAAAAAGUUAGAUGCUAACCUUACAGAAGCCGUUGCAGAUUUAUCGACUGAGAAAGAUAGUGGUGAUAACAAUAAAAGUCCUAUCUUGGAUCACCAAGUAUUUCAAGAUAUUGCAAUGAAUCAAAAUGAAAAUAAAUCUGUUAAAUCUGGUUCAGGCAGUGAGCUCAGUGAUGUACACUUGUCUUGUGGCAGUGAACAAGAAGCGAAAGAGGAUGAUUUCUGGUAGUUCUGGUAUUCAUAUCAAAAUAUAUUUUAAUGCAGAGUGAACAUAUUUGUUGGUGAUUUUUAUGUGAUAUUUUUCUUUUAAAUUAUUUGUACGAGUGAAAUUAAAUUUAAAAUGCAAUAAAUAUUAUUUGUGAAUAC